UUCAACUAUAAAUAAAAGAUCUUUAAAAUAACGUGCAGAAACUAGGUUACUCAAAAGCAAAAAUUAUGAAAUCUCUGCUCUUCAUCUGUGCUUGUGCUUUUGCCUUCACUUGGGCAUAUUCUCCACAACGAGGUGCCCGUGUCAUUGGAGGCAGCACUGUGGUAACUGGCCAGUUUCCCUUUGUAGCAGCAAUCCACAUCUCAACAAGCCAAGGAAGAUACUUCUGUGGAGGUACUCUUAUCAGCAACCAAUGGGUCGUAACCGCGGCCCAGUGCGCCCAAGAUGCUGUCCUUUUCUCAAUCCAGUUGGGAUCACACACUCUAACCAAAGAUGAUAGUAACCGUGUUACUGUAGCAUCUUCCGAAUAUUUCAUUCAUCCGGACUUUAACCCAGAUACCUUGGAAAAUGAUAUUGCUCUAAUCGAGUUGCGCCUACCUGUCGAAUUUUCAAGUAAUACACACCCAAGGAAAUAUUUUGAUUGUAAUGAUAUUUAUAAUUUUGUUUUAGAUUAUCUUCUGGCAAUACACUCUUUGGCCCAAGAACCUCUAAACACUUCAAGCGCAGUUAUAGUUACUGGUUGGGGCCAAACUAGCGAUGCGGACUCUGCACUGUCAGAAAACUUGCAGUUUGUGCGAGUUACUACUUUGUCUAAUGAAGAAUGUCGUUUGACGUAUGGUAAUCAAAUUUAUGACACCAUGGUUUGUGUUGACGGAAAUUACAACGAGGGUUCUUGCAAUGGUGAUACCGGUGGACCUUUGAUAAAUGUAGUCUCGAUGGGUAAUGCUCAGUUGGUAGGUGUAGCUAGUUUUGUAAGUGGAAAUGGGUGUGAAAGUACCGACCCAUCUGGAUAUACAAGAGUUUAUCCUUAUGUUGGAUGGAUCAAGAAUGUAACAGGACUAGCUUUCUAGUAAAUCUGGUGAAGAGCAGUAGCAAAAAAACUACAUUUAUUGUAUUGUUUUGUUAAAUACUUAUCAACGGAUGCAAUAAAGACAGAUUAUGUUAUUUAA